UUCUCGCCCGCCCGCCACACCCUCGAGGCCACGAUAUCUUCGCCUUCUUCUUACCGCCAGUAUCUGCUGGCUUGCCUCCCAACCUUCCUCUGAUUCGUUGGUAAUAAAAUGCAAUUAUUCUAUAAAUAAAAAAAUCAAGUCUUAUUCAACUCGUACUCCUACUCUUCCCAAGCCUUCUCAUUCUCAUCCGUGCUCUCCCCCUCUCUCUCUCUCUCUCUGGUACCUCUCGCGCGAUCUCUUCCAACCCUAGAAUGGGUGUUCUAUCUGAAGGAUUAGAUUUUCACUUGCAGUACCCUUUUGUCCGGAGAGAUGAAUCGAUCGUUGAUGACUAUCACGGUGUUAAAAUAGCUGAUCCGUAUCGAUGGCUCGAAGAUCCCGAUGCCGAUGAGGUUAAAGAUUUCGUCGAGAAGCAAGUAAAGUUGACGGAUUCGGUACUUGCUACUUGUGAUACGAGAGACAAUCUUCGUCAGGAGAUUACGAGGCUCUUCGAUCACCCUCGGUUCGAAAUCCCAUUUAAGCGUGGGGAUAAAUACUUUUACUUUCAUAACACUGGGCUUCAAGCGCAAAGUGUCCUCUAUGUGCAGGAUAGUCUUGAUGGAACGGCAGAGGUUUUACUCGAUCCCAACGUGCUAAGUGAGGACGGAACAGUUGCUUUGAGCAUAUCCGCCAUUAGUGAGGAUGCCAAGUACUUGGCCUACGGGCUUAGUUCCAGUGGCAGUGACUGGGUGACGAUCAAAGUAAUGCGGGUCGGCGAUAAGACGGCCGAGCCUGAUACUCUAUCCUGGGUUAAAUUUUCGUCUAUCAGUUGGACUCAUGACAACAGAGGAUUUUUCUACAGCCGCUAUCCGGCUCCCAAGGAAGGAGAAGAGUUAGAUGCUGGAACUGAAACGGAGGCUAAUCUUUACCAUGAACUUUACUACCAUUUCUUGGGUACUGAUCAAUCCGAAGAUGUUCUGUGCUGGAAAGAUCCUGACAACCCAAAAUACCUGUUUGCGGCCGAAGUCAUGGACGAUGGGAAGUAUGUGCUUCUGUAUAUAGAGGAGGGUUGUGAUCCAGUAAAUAAGCUUUACUAUUGUGACAUAUCUACACUCCCUGGUGGGCUGGAAGGUUUUAAAGGGAGAGAUGAGAAGCUUCCCUUUAUCAAGCUUAUUGACAAUUUUGAGGCCAGUUAUCAUGCUAUUGCUAAUGAUGGCACCGAGUUUACAUUUCAAACAAAUAAAGAUGCUCCUAAGUAUAAGCUUGUUUGGGUGAAUCUCAAUGAACCAAGUGUUUGGACUGAUGUCCUCGAGGAAUCUGAGAAAGAUGUGCUUGAAUCAGCUGUUGCUGUUAAUGAGAACCAGAUUCUGGUAAGCUACUUGAGUGAUGUCAAAUAUGUUCUGCAGAUAAGGGACCUGAAAACAGGCUCAUUGCUACAUCAUUUACCCCUUGACAUUGGUACAGUUUAUGGGAGUUCUGGAAGGCGCAAAGACAGUGAGGUUUUUAUUGGGUUCACUAGCUUCCUUACUCCUGGUAUUAUUUAUAAGUGCAACUUAGAAUCUGAGGUUCCAGAAUUGAAGAUAUUUCGAGAAAUUGUUGUUCCUGGAUUUGAUCGAACGGACUUCCAGGUUAAUCAGGUUUUUCCAGCCAGCAAGGAUGGGACCAAAAUACCAAUAUUCAUUGUGUCUAAGAAAAAUAUUCUUUUGGAUGGAUCACAUCCAUGUUUAUUAUAUGGUUAUGGUGGAUUCAAUAUUAGCAUUACACCAUCAUUUAGUGUCAAACGCAUUGUCCUUAUGAGGCAUUUAGGUGCAGUAUUCUGCAUAGCAAACAUUCGUGGUGGUGGAGAAUAUGGAGAAGAAUGGCACAAGGCAGGAUCACUUGCAAAAAAGCAAAAUUGCUUUGAUGACUUCAUUUCUGCUGCAGAAUUUCUUAUAUCUGCUGGUUAUACCCAGCCAAAAAAACUGUGCAUUGAAGGUGGGAGCAAUGGUGGGCUUCUUGUUGCAGCUUGCAUAAAUCAGCGACCUGAUAUUUUUGGAUGUGCUUUGGCUCAUGUUGGUGUUAUGGACAUGUUGCGUUUCCACAAGUUCACAAUAGGCCAUGCAUGGACUUCUGAUUAUGGUUGUUCAGACAAGGAAGAAGAAUUUCGGUGGCUAAUUAAGUACUCACCACUCCAUAACGUGAGGAGACCAUGGGAGCAGCAUAACGAUUUGACCUGCCAAUACCCAUCUACCAUGCUCUUGACAGCUGAUCAUGAUGAUCGUGUAGUACCAUUACAUUCACUGAAAUUACUGGCAACCAUGCAAUAUGUGCUCUGCACAAGCUUGGAAAAGAGCCCACAAACCAACCCAAUAAUUGGUCGCAUUGACCGUAAGGCUGGACAUGGAGCUGGGCGACCUACCCAGAAAUUGAUUGAUGAAGCUGCUGAUUGCUAUAGUUUUAUGACUAAGAUGUUGGGCGUCUCCUGGAUCAAUUAAGCAGUGGUAUGCAAAGUAUUUCAAGCUGUCUAUGAAAACGGACAAAAAAUGGAAAAAAAAAGUGUUGAAUGUUGACAUACGGUUAGGCCAAAUACACACACAUGUACUGAAUUCAUAGGCUAGGUUGGCUUCCACUUCCAAUUGCUUAUUUGCUUUAGGUUCGGAUUUUGAUAUUUAUAGGAUUCUCUUAUUGGAUUGAAUUGGAUCGGACAAGAAUAAUGGUCCAUUGAUAUGGCAUAGCCAUGUCUACGACCACCCAUUUCAAAUAAAGCUUGAACUAAUAGUCCGUCAAACUUUA